AUGUAUGCAGCUCUCAAGAAAAGUAGCAAGGACGGCACCUCCUCCGAUAGCUUGCCUCUCUCAGACUAUCACGACGAGCAUCUCGGUAAAGACCGACCGCUUCUGAAAGAAGAGGAUGCCUGCUACAUCAACCGCCCUCCACGGCGACCAUCCUCCCUCUUCCAAUGGCAGAGCCUCUGCUUCCACUUCCUGCUUGCCUCGCUCUACGGCGCGGCCUUCCUGCUCGCGACGUCCAAGUCAAGGCAGGGGGCGGUGGAUAAGCCAGUGCAUUUGAUUGACUCCCCCCUCCACGAAGCCAUCCAGAUGGAACGCAAGACCAUCUACGCCUCCAUCGCGAGCGAGAACCCGUUCAAGGGCGCCCCCUCAAAGGAACUCGACCACGCGUGGCACCAGCUGUUCAUCAACUCCAAUAUCCGAGUCACCGCCGAGGAUCUGGCCCGGAUCAACCGGACUUCGGUGCCGAUUAAUGAUGAGAAGGGUGGGUUUUAUGCUAUUCCGGCCAGUUUGCAGAAAUUCUUGCGGCAGGUCGUCUAUCAGAAUUACUACCAUAUCGGGAAACCGACGACUCCGGUUCAUAUCGAACACUGCGUCGACAACCUCCGCCAGAACAUCAUGUGCAAAGCCGACGUCGCCCUGCUCACCUUCACCUGGGAUCCGGCCGACCGCGCCCCGAAACCCAACUUUGUGGUCGAGCACGAGUGCGCGAACUGGGAGAAGGUGGACAGCUGGGCCAAGGAGCAUGCGUUUGAUAUCUUUGAUGAGACGACGCUGGUGCAUCCGACUUUGGGUCCGUCGUUUCCGGAGAAGGAGUAUAAAGCUACUGGGAAAAUUCCGGGGCAUCCGGAUUUUCAUCCGAAUGAGUACCAUGGGGGUCAGAUGCAUCAUCAUCAUGAUGGUGCUUGA